AUGAAAGUAGAAGAAAAGAAAGGUUACUUUGAAAGAAGAAAGGAAAGAAAAUUAAAGAAAAUUGAACAGAAACCUGUCUACAAGUGGAAUUACAAAUCACUCUAUAAGUGGCUUAAAUACAAAGGUUUCGACAAGAAAUACAUUAAACAGCUCAAGAAGGAUAGACUAAACGGUUAUAUAAUGCUAACUCUUGAAAUUUCUGACCUAGUUUCACUAGAUAUUCCAUCAGAAAUGGCUAAACGUAUUUUGAAUACAUUGAUUGAAACCUCUGAGAAACAAGAUAACUUGGUUGAUGCUACUUGUGAAUGUGGAGAAGUUGAAUUACCAUUACAACCUGUCAGAUCAACUAUGGUGUACCCUAACGACUAA